AUGCCAUUCAUAUUUGCAUCUCUCUUUCAAAGUGUCCAAGUCCUCACUCACCCUCUCCAGUAUGGUCAGGCAGACCUUGGCGCAGUUGCGGCCCUCGGUGGAAAGCACUUUAUCGGUGGUUGGAGCGGCGCCGGGUUUCUGUUCAGUCAAAGCACCAAACGUUCUACCACUGUACCUGUUCACGUACGCGUAGGAGAGUUGCUCGGUGAAAUCGGACAUGCCAGACCUGAGGGCGUCGAGGAGCAGGGGGUUGUGGAAGCCGUGGAAGUUGGAGGGGGAGAGGGAGUGGACUUGGGAUUGGAGAUGUUGUAA